AUGAUUCUACGGAAUGCGAGUGUCAGAUUACUACGACAAUUAAUACGAAAUAUUCGCUGUGAAUUAAUAAAAGUACAAAGUGAGUUAUACGUGUUACAUCAGGAAUGCAGUGCAGUGUUGUCGGUCAGUGAUUUCGACCUUUGUGACCGCGUGACACACGGACAGGCAGAACGUAUAGCCGAUCUCAGAUGUGCAGUUCAUAAUAAAAAGUUAUUAAAAUUGUCAACGCACCAGAAAAAUAAUAAAACGGUUUCAUAUAUUGGUUUGAUAGAUGUACAGGCAGACAAGGUACAGUCACUAAAAAAAGUGGAUUCGUCAGAUGUGGCGAUUAACCUGUCGGGUGAAAAGUUGGAUUAUGCAACAGUUAGCAUUUUAGCCAAAGGACUAAAUUUCGCUUUGACACCACGCAGGGUUCCUUAUGAAAGCAUCAUCGGAAGUGUCGAAGAAGCUAUCAACCGAAUUAAAAUACCAUAUAAUGACGCGGAAUCACUGAGACAGGACGUAGCAAACAUCUUAAGAAAGACAAAGCUGCCAAAAAGUAACGUUACAGCCGAAGAACGAUAUGCACUGAAAUGUAUUCGUGAAAAUGAGAAUAUCCUGGUACUCAAGGCCGACAAGGGUAAUGCUACCGUAGUAAUGAACACUUCUGAUUAUGAUAGUAAGAUAUGUGUUCUAUUAUCAGAUACUAGUUUAUACAAACGUGUAUCAUACAAUCCAACGUCCAGAGUGGCUCGUCGAACACGAGCACUUAUUCAAGAACACCGUGACAUUUUCACUGAAGAGGAAUAUAAUAGUCUUUACAGGGCGAAACAUAUUCAACCACCAAAAUUAUAUGGCUUACCCAAAAUACACAAAAAGAACGCCCCUCUUCGACCAAUAGUUAGUCAGAUCAAUUCACCAACUUAUGAUCUGGCUAAACAUGUUGCGAAGAUCCUGCAGCCACUAGUGGGUAAGUCGUCCUCUUUUGUGAAAAAUUCUCACCAUUUCACGGACAUGCUAAAAAGCACAAAACUGGAACCUACAGAGAUAAUGGUGAGUUUUGACGUUGAAUCAUUAUUCACCAAUAUUCCAGUGAAUGAGUGCAUGGAGGUGGUCAAGGAUAGGCUAUUGGAGAAAGACCUGCCGUCACAGUAUAGUGUACUUCUGAAACAUUGCUUAGAUGCAGGCUAUUUUCUGUACCAAGGUGAAUACUACCUUCAAAUAGAUGGCGUUGCAAAGGGGAGCUCAGUGGCCCCAUUAGUAGCUAAUAUUUGGAUGGAGCACAUUGAGACAAAGAUUCCUGCUCUCAGACCAUUAGAAAUUAGCCUGUGGAAAAGAUAUGUAGAUGAUGUUUUUUGCAUAUUUAAUGGUACACAACAACAAGCAGACGAAUACCUAAAAUACCUAAAUUUCAUACAUUCUAAAACCAAAUUUACAAUGGAAUUGGAGAAAGAUAGGUCCUUGGCCUUCCUGGACAUCCUAGUUAUGGUGAGAUCUGAUGGCUCGGUUACACACACAGUAUACCGGAAACCAACACACACAGAUAGAUACCUACAUGCCUCCUCACAUCAUCACCCACGACAUUUACAAUCAGUCGUCACUACUCUCACAAACAGAGCGCAAGAUCUCUGUGCCCCUGAAUUUGUGGAACAAGAACUAUCCCACGUUCAAGAAGUACUCAAGAAAAAUGGUUACAUAAAGAGUAGAAGGCAAAAUAAGCGCGUAACAAAAGCUAAAAAACCGGAAGUGAACGUAGCGUACAUGACUUACUUAAGAGGAAUAACGGACAAAAUUGGAACAGCACUAAAUAAAUACUCCAUUAAGACUGUAUAUUAUCCGCCCUCAAAAGUAACGAACAAUUUACGUUCACCAAAGGAUAAGCUACCUUACGAAGCACCAGCUCCGACGGCGGGAACCCAUCUCAGUAGACGGGUCACUACUCUUCUUCAGAAGAAGUAG